AGUUGCCAGCUCGCAACGGUUACCAAGUCAACAAACAAAAUGGCCGAUAGGAAAAGUUAACCCGAGCAAAACAGUAAGUGAAUUUUACAAACCACAGGACGAUGUCCCACACAAAGCUUCCUCCACUUCCACCGUGAGUACAUUUUCCUAUAUUUUAGCCUAUUAAUGUCACAGUUUAAAGGUGCUGAAGAUCCUGGACAUCAACUUUGAACAGCUGAGGUUUUAGCAAUGUGUGGAUAACUGGUGCGAUGAUCGUUUUGCUGAAAAUCACUUCAACUUCUCAACCAAUUUUCAUAGAAACCCAGUGUACUGUUGUGUUUGUAGUGUACUACAAAGUGUGCGUGUUACCGUAAUACUGUGGCAACAGAAAAGAUAGGAAUUGGUUUUGCAGGAAUAGUUUAUAGUUUUAUGUGGCCUGUAAGCCUAUAAUUUUUGGGGAGAGCUGGUUUCAACAAACCUGGGCUCGAUGAUCGAUAAAUUAAUCUGGUUAUUUCCUUUCUAGGUCUCUUACAAACUCUCCUUACACAAAUACCAAGGCUUUAAAGCAAUACACUGGACUUACUGGCCCAAGUUACACUCUAACAGGCCAAUCAGGGGCUCAGAAGUAUGCACUCCCUUCAGCUUCUGUUCUGCAGGUAUAGAAGUAAAUUUAAAUUUUGUUUCUCAUGACAGUCCUAAAUGAUUUUUCUAACUGAAAUCUUGGGUUUAUCGUGUUUGAGCAGAAUACCAGAUAAAAAAUAAUAAUAAUAAAUUAAGAUAAAUAUUUUUUUGUCUUUUGCAUUAGUCAGUUAUAAACUUGAAGGUUCAACAUUAUGCAUGCACCUACCUUUUGGUGAAAUUAUUCUCAGGGUCUUUUUUCUCCUCUUCCCCCUGAACAAGAGAGAGGAAAGGAAGAAGACAGACCCUGAAAACAAGACUGAUUGAAUUAGAGCUGUUCACAAAGAAUUUAAAUAAUAUCCUGGGAUACAGUAAUAGCAGUACCUCCGAAAUGUUUUACAGUCAGCUCUCUCUAAGACAGACACCUUUGGGACCGGCAAGUGUCUGUCUUAGAGAGAUGUCCGUCUUAUAGAGAGUCAAAUAAAGGGAGUAAAGAAAGGCAGGGACCAACUCUAAGCGUCCAUUUUACAGAGGUGCCCAUCUUAUAAAGGUGUCUGUUAAGAGAGGGUCGACUGUAUGUGGAACUGUGACGGAGGCUGUUUUUGGAAACGGUGGUGUGAGCUACAACCAUUUUAGUCUGUGAGAGCAUGACACAGUAGCAAUUGUCAUAUGCUCUGACACAAUAUAAAUGUCUGUUCCAAUUUUGCAUUUAAAAUUAACCAUGGCUUUUGGUUUGAUUCCAUUAAUUUGUAUUCCAGCCCUAUAUAGACACACGGGCAGGCACUUUGGACACAUGGCCAGCACAUGCUCUUGGUCCCAGUGCUCCAGAUCUAAACCCUGGACAGGCCAAACAAACAAAUGAGUUUAUGCCCAAGGGAGUGCACAAGCCAAAGUUUCUGGAACAACUUGAGGCCUUCUUACAAAAAGAAUUACGUUCCCUAGAUUGUGCUGAGAUGAUUCCAAGUGAGAAAAGACUGCAGGUAUGUAGUGAUAGUUGUACUGAUCCUAGAUGCAAUCUAUACAACGAUAACAGCAUUCAUACAGAUCAUAGAAAACCUAGAAGGUCAUGAAAUUUAAGAAUAAAUAUUUCAUAAGUCAUGGAAUUUAAUUGUUGGUCAUGGAAAGUUGUGGAAAAUGUUGUACAUGUAUAUGUUUUGGUAGAUUAGUUAAGUGCAGAUGUCCAAGCAAGGACAGAGUCUAAGACAGAGACAAGAAAUAAAAAUAGUGUGAAUGACACACAUGUUGGUGGAUACCAGCGUUUGUGUCUGUUGAACUGAGUUAGGUGGGAAAAAAUCACCAAAAAAAGAGAAAGUUUUUAAAUUUUUUAAAAGAAAAGCUAAACCUAAGGUCAUGAGGUGGGAAAGUUCUUAGAAAAAUUCAUAGAAUUUUAAAAGCUCAAAAGGGUGCAAACCAUUCAUAACAAAGUCGUGAAAAGUAAAAUUUUAAAUUCUCUUUUUUUAUUAUCAGGCCUUUAGGGAAGUGUUUGAAUACUUGAUAGAAGAUUUUAAGACAUACAAGCCUCUACUGUCAGCAAUAAAGCAUGAGUAUGAGAUGAUGUUGGUGCAUCAGAGAGAAAAGAUGAGAGAGCUGGAGCCACUAAAGGUAUUUCCUAAAAAAAAAACAUGAACACUUAAAAUAUUAUUUGAAGUGUUGCAAGGAAAAGGCUAUCAGGCUUGUGUGUUUGUGGUGUUCAAUUUGCUUAAUAUUUUAUUUUCUAGAGCAUGCUUGUGACAGUUUCUGAACAAUGUGAGAAGAAGCUGUUAGCUGUCAAACAGGAAGAAAAGUCUGGUAAGAUAUAUGAUUCAUUCGUCCUUUCACUCCCAAAAGUGGCCAGUAAGUGAAAAUUCAACUCAAUUUCAAAAUUUUGUUUUAUAAAUUUAAAUGCUAAAAGAAAAGCAAAUAGAUGUAAAUACAUGUCCCUUGCUUCUCUCUUCCUCUUUGUGGGAAAAGCAUUGCAUGAUGUUACAAAGAAAGGCUGUGUAUGAGACCAUCUAUUUGAUAGUGGCUUCUUAGUUUAUCAACCCCUUCCCCCCCUCCCCUCCCCACUCCAACCCAGCAAAUCUCCUCUAAAUAUCCUUUAAUUUGUAUUCAGAUGUGUUAGAAAUGAAGAAGGAAAAUCAAAGACUGCAAAAUGUAAUAUCAGGACUCAGGUAAAGACCCAGUAGCCUUUCUACUGUACAAUCAUACAUGUAAAAUAAUGUUACAGGUCAAAAUUAAAUUCAUCUUAAAAAGUUUUAACCUAGGUUGAUUCUCAAUUUCCUUUGUCUCCUAGCCCUAAUUCAUGAGUAAUGUGUGGUUCCAGAAAAUAUCCAUACCCCCCCCACGGAAGAUCAUUGGAAAUUCCAAGGGGGAGGGGGGGGUCAUCAAAGACCCCCUUGGAAUGGAAAAUCCUGGGGGGUGAGGGGUGCAAAUCAAAGAAUCUUCCGUGGGAGGGGUAUGGAUAUUUUCUGGAACCACACAAUUAGGGAUAGUAGACAAAGGAAAUUGAGAAUCAACCUAAAUUAAACAAUUGCAAGCUGAAUUUAAUUUUGAGCUGUAACAUUAUAUAUAUUAUAUAUCAAGUAAAAUUCAGUAAACACAACAAUUGUGACAAUCAUAAUAACUCAUACUAGCUUUGCUUUAACUGCAUGUCCCAAGAUUGAACAACUAGCACCGCUUGGUAAAGCUUACAUGUCAUCCUGCACAAUGUGCUUUCUGUCUGAGGACACUGACCUGAUAGAGAGCAUAUAAACGCUCACUAGUCUAUGCAGACUAUGUAAUAGUUAGCUGAACUUUGUGUUUGUACAGCUAUGUGUAAGGUAGAAUCUGCUUGAUUUUGUUGGUCAAAUAUUUUUAUUUUACGUUAUGGUCUGUUGCUCUUUUAGGGAAGAGCAGAUAUCUCUUCAAGUUCAAGUUGAAAAGGUGAUGAACCUGUAUAAAAGUUUACUAUGAAAAAUGGUACACACUGUAAGGAUUAUCUUAAAAUAAAUUAUUUAUUUCAAAGCAUCCAUUUUAAUCCAUCCAUGUUUUCCAAAGCAUCCAUUGUAAUUAGCUGACCUUGGGAGAGCACCAGUCUGCCAAGUGGGAGGUUGUGGGUUCAUACCCCCGCCAGACCAACAACCAGGGUCUAAAACUGGUGAGGUCAUGCUGGCUGUGAUUUGAGACCUUGUCUCAGUUCAGAUGAUUGCAUCAAUGGGCAGUGACAUUAAGCCGUUUGCCUUGUCUCCUUCGUCCUUCUUUCAUUGGUCAAAUCAAAGGGGACAUAAAAGAGCCAGCACUACUGUUCGAAAAGAGUAUUUCCCCGGUGGUCUGGUCUACCCUCCGUGCAUCACGCAUCGUUCAUAUCAUGUGCUAUGGGUGGGUUACAGUAAGCUCAUCAGUGGACUGAUAGCGGCUGCCAGUGGCGCCCUUGCAUGUGUGUUGAUGUCUGAGCUUAUAUAUAAUGUAAAGAGGGCACGUCUUGUUCUCCUCUAAUUGACGUAACUACAUUACAUUACAUUGUUGGAUGCCCCCCAUGCGACCUGUACAUACUUAGUAUACACUAUUGCAAGUGCGUACUCAACAUACAAAUUUAUAUUGACUUUAAAAUUUGCUGUUAAGAUGGGAUAAGUCAAUUAGUGAAAUUAUUAGGUGUAUCACAGGGCAGGAAAAAAAAUUUGGAAUCCACUUGCCUAGUGGGCAAGUAAAUUUUAGUUUUCACUUGCCCCUAAUUAAAUGUUUCUUGCCAGAAGGGAACACAAUGUUUCAUGAUCUAUAGUUCAAAUAAAUUGUCUCACUGAUCUUGCAGUCUUCAGUUCUGAAUUAGUUUUCUUUCUGGAAAUUAUCUUUUACUAAGCUGAUACUUUCCGCUGGGCCACCAAACUUCUAUUUUUACUUGCCCUGCGCAAUCGGACCUGGGUUUUUUUCCUGCCGUGUAUCAUACUUACAUGAAGAUUAGAGAAGUACUGUAAACAUAGCUCCAGUUUCUUAAAUUCUAUGGCUGUGAUCUUGCAUUUGUCCAUAAAAACCACUGAGGAAUAGCUCAUUUAUAAGUUUAAGUAAAUUUACUUUUUCUUCUCUUUGCAAACAGAUAUUUAGUGUUUUAGAAACAAAACGUUCAACUGACUGCUAAUUUUUUAUUUCAGCUACAAGAAGAGUUAGCUGCUGAAUAUUUACGAUAUAGAAACGAGUGUGAUGCCAGGUAUUAACGACAAAUGAAUGCAUGCUGUGCCAUAUCAUGCAAAGAAGUAAUUGCCAUAGGAUAAGGUGCUGAACGCAGGCACCGAGGUUUGGGAUGGGCAAGGGAAGAUUUUCCCCCACCCCACCCCUCAAGUGCUUACUCGCAAGCUAAACUCAGAGAAAAGUGAUAGCUUGAGAGGUGAACAUAAAGAGAAAUACAUAUAGUGUCAGCGUCAGUUCCUUACUCAACCACUUGCCAUCUAAACAGUCCAACUUAACUUCGUUGGCAAUUGACCCGCGUUGUGAGUAUGAUAUUGUACAGAUCGAAUACUUGCUACGUUUUAACCCCCAUAAAAGAUGAUGACUUUUUUACCUUAUUUGAGACCCGCUUAUGGUGGUUUAAACAGCUUUUGCGAUCUUUGCACAAGUAGUCAGGCAUUACAGUGUAACUACUUGCAUCAAAGAAAAUCGUUUGCCGACGAUAGCACAAAAUGACCUGUAUACUUUUAAUUUUGUCAACGUAUUUUAGGAAGAUGUUGAUAGCUGAUAUAAAUGAGUUAAAAUAUCAACAAGAAGACGCCAAGAAACCGAAUGCAGAGGAAGAAGGCGAAGGAAAAGAGGAUGUCACAUUCCUUAAACUCGCGCUGAAGUAAGUACCACAAACGAAAAGAAAUCCCAUUACUGAUUCUCCAUUAUUCUGCAACUCAGGCUACGUUUAUACGGCAACGGACGAAUUUUCGUCCGGCUGAAAAAUUUGACCGGACACUUCGUUCACACCAGCCCGUUAGAUCUAUUAUUUUUGCUCUGUUCUCACAGAACUUUAAACGACCAGGCUUCUAAAUUUUCGUACUAUUAAGGUCGUUCCGUGUUAAAGGGACACCUAAACGCACGAAUUUUCAACCGGUCAAAAUUCGUUCGUUGUCGUGUGAAAGAAGCUUCAUUGAAAAGAAAGAAAGAAAGAAAGAAAGAAAAGCCUUCUCUCUGACUCUUUCGUUUUUCUUGUGGCUUUUUCUUCUUGCAGGAAAGCAAGAGAGGAUCUUGAUGCCAAGAGUCAAAAGCUGGCAGAAAUGGAGGCUGAUUAUGGAGAUGUUGUGCCGAGAAGGGAUUUUGAAAGACUUGAGGCCCAGUUUAACGUAAGCGUUCCCUUUACUGUGUUGCCUAAACGAAAAGCCGAAACUGUGAGAACCUGAAAUUUUCGUUAGACAACACCAAUGGUAACAAAAUAUAUAGCCGAGACGCCUGUCAUUCUCAAAUUCAUCAUUUUUUAAGGGGCCGUAUCACAGCAGUCCAAUCCAUUUUGUUAAGUAUUUUCCCAUGGUGUUUCCAGUCACUCGCUCUUACUUGUUAUGAAACUCAUUGAUAGCGAAGACAUUACCUGUAAAUAACAAAAUCCUGACAACUUUGUUACAAACGAAUCUGCCUCUUAAGCGUUAUAUACAAAAAAGCAAAUAACAAAAGCACCUAAUUGCAAUCUGUCUAUAGUUAGCUGGUCAAUUCCUACUGUCUGAAUUUGGCUAAAUUCUCCCCUUGGCUAAGACGAAUUAGUGAGUGAUGCCUUUUCCUUUCGCAAAAACUGUAAUUUUCUGUGAAUAGAAGUAACUUAUAAAUAGUAGCAUGCACUUAAACCCCUUCAAAUAUUCCUUGUCCCAUUUUUUAAAAAGAGAAAUUGAUGUUCAUGUUUUUUUUUUUUUCACAGAAAUUACAGAAAGAUAUGGAAACGUUUACCGUGGAUAAUCAGAAGCUAAUGCAGGAGCACAAGUGAGUUUGUAGCUUCAUUAAGCAAGGGUAAAACGAACCGAGAGUUUAAACGCUGGAAAUAGCAAAGUUGAAUUAAACGUUCAGGGUUAAAAGUCUUUACUUAAAGGGGGAAGAAAAUUUCACCAUCUACACUCUAUACGCUUUUCAGAGGAAUCAACAGUGAAACUACUCAAAGUAUCCUGUCAGUUGGACUCACAACCGGGCUGACUCUGAGUCCAUCACGUAAACCCUUUGCUCCCAAUGCAGUCGUUUAUAGCUGGAGAGUCUUGAGGGGAAACAUGGCCGCCCCAAAAACGACUGGGUAGGAGAUUAGCUAAUCCUUCGAGCACACUUUGCUCGAACCAGGGAUUCAGCAUUAUACGCGCAACCAAUUUUACUUGGGAAAGUCAGCAGUCUGCAGGUAAAACAAUGAAAUAGCUCAAAGCGUUUAGAAGUUCGUGUAUUUCAGUGAUAUUAUUGUCCUGGUUUGUUAGACCCUCUCUGUUUUCCGUAAGGUCUUGUCAAAAGGUACAAUAUACAAAUAUCUGCUUUUUCAUUGAAAUUUUCAGUGCCAUUCUUGAAGUGCACAAGAAGGUGGUGGAUCAGAGAGAUCAGUACGCACAUGACUGUGAGCAGAUGAGAAGAAGUGCCACACCCAGGUAAGUACUUUUGGCCGUACAGUGAAGUGUUCAUAACAUGGGCAACAAAGGGACAGAGUCCGUAUUACAGAGGUCUCACUUAUAUUAUUUGAAAUCUUUAGACUCGAGGACGUGGAUCGACUCGGUAGAUAACAAAAAGUAUCGUGUUUUAUUUGCACCUCCAUACUUCUUUACUCUUGUUAUGUUUAGGCCUCAUUGGGAGAAGUGUGCACAGUAUGUUGAAGGAGGAACAGAUCGAUGGAACGAGUUGUCUCAGAACAGAAGCAGUGAUGAGCUAGUGGAUGUGUUGCUAGCGGAAAUGACAGGACAAGAUAUUGCUAUCAUACAGGCUGGUGUUAGCACUGGUGCUGAAUACUUUCAAGGACAGGUAAAAAUUAUUCGAACAAGACGCAUGAUCCUUGUAGUUUACAUUACAUUAUUGCAACUCUCUAUAAUGGUUAUGAUGUAAAACAACUUCCUGUGGCUCAUGAUUUGAUGACAGCUCAAUGGGUGGUUUAAUAUGAUAAACUAAUGACAAUGGCUCUAUUUUGGUAUGGUUUAAUUAUGAUGGCGAAACGACGCCGUUAGAGAGAAUGUAUGAGAAUCGCUUAAAUUGGGCCUGAUCUCAGGUUAAUGAUACACUCGCUGAUGAUAGUGAUAGGAAUGGUGCGGAUAUUGGUAAAGUGAAUUUGGGUGACAAAGUUUUACAGUGCAGGAUGAGCACUGGGCUUCAGCCGGCUAAUUUAGAUUUAUCUGACACGCGCAAUAAGGAAAGUUACCAAGAGGAAGAUGUUACAUCAGUUGACCAUUUUACAAGAGUGGACAAGUGCUUUGAACUCGCGUCAUCGUCCCCCUUUAAAAGACACGCUACGACUUUAUCCUCCACCUAUGCUCCGAUCCUUUGUAUUUCUUCGUUUUGUACCGCCUCUAGAUUAUCACUGGUCCGGUUACAUGUUUCUGGGCCUCAUUGGCCAUGGUUCGAAAUUCCAUAUUGCUCUACAUUGAGUUCAUUUUUUCUUGCGUUUGAUACUGAAGGCGCAAGAUGCGGAAUUUUUCUUCGAGCCCUGAUUUGUUUCUACUGUGUGACUUGCUGGUAUUUGUUGAACAGUCCAGUCAUUUGUGAUUUUCACGGUUGUUUCGGUCGUUCUCACUUUCAGUCUUAAUUUAUAAAUGUUCUUUUACUGCAGGGUGCCGGUCCAGAAGUGCCUAAAUUUUUACGUUAUGAUGGUCAAGUGCGUAACAGACGUCUCGGUAAGAGAGACACUUCACUUCUCAUCAAAGACAUCUGGCAGGAAAAAGCAGCUCACGACGCUGAGGUAAGAUAAUCAGCAGAAAAUUCUCUGUGAGAGGCAAGUCAAGUAGACAAACUCAGAGUGAAUAGCAAAGUUUUUUAAAAUAUGCGCUAUUAAAAAAAGGAGCAAACCCUGCCUUUCGAGGGUGCUGCCUCAUCUUUAGUGGUUUAAAAGCAACUGAAAAAUGCACGCUUAAUGUAACGUUCUAAUAAAACUCAAAACAAAGACGUAACGUUACAUGUGCGCUCUGACUUUGAGAGCAUUGAGGUCAACAUUUAGGCCAGGUGGAUCUAGACAAACACAGGGUGGGUAUACAUGCACUGUUUUUAGAACUGAAGGUAAAGAAACGAUAUUUUUACACAAGAAAGUACUUUGGGUUUUAAUAAACCUUUGAUUCGGUCGAAUUAGGUAUCAACCUCAUUUUUAAGCAUUCAUUUGUCUCAUUUGUUGAGCCACUCAAAAAUAUUUAACGACAUUAUAGUGGGUAGUAAGGGUUGUUAGAGGAGGCAUGGUUGGAUUCAUCUUGCAGUAUAGCGCAUAGCUGUUUCAUUUGCCUGAUGGAGUUUUUUUAUUACUUUUAAGUGUAGAAAAAGGAAAAAGUCCUACGGGCAAAUGCGAUGAGAGAUUAGUACACGGCAUUCUUACUCAGUCACCGUUUCUGCUUUUUACUUGUCCUCUUAUGGGUCUUAGAGUCUUGUUUGAGAAUCUCAUUCAGGUGAACGCUUGCAUUCCAUUGCGCAAAGUACCACGAUGUGAAUGGGAGGCCUGAUCGGCUCUGUGUAAUUUUGAGUUUUAUUUUUUUAAUUAUUUUUCCAGAAACCCGACGGAGAGCGUGAGGACUUGGGCGAGUUCUUGUAUCAGUACCUCAACAGGCGGUUCGGUGUAGAAAACAUGAUUAUAGAGUGGGGAUAUAACCUGUAUGAUGCCUGCGGUCGGUACACACAUGAUCCAAGGGUUGGUCUGUUCUAUGGAAUACUACAGAAGGAGGUAUAGAUUGAACAAUGAUCACUUUCCUAUACUCAUUUACUCUCUCCUCGGUAUAAUCUUAGUCACCAAUAUUGUCGAAAUACAUGCUUGCGAUGGUUAUAGCAUGGUAAAUGGUGUGCUCUGCUAAGUUUAGGAAGUAGCUAUUCCCCAGUCGGUUGGUUAUUGGACCAGUGCAGUAGCUUUCACCUUCCACUUCCUCUAUUUUCGGGCCUACUGUUUAAAAGGGAGAUAUGUCCCUGCUCCUUUAAAGGGUCUCUUAUUUCCCUCAUUUCUAAUGAUAUCUAAGUCGAUCACGGAUAUACAGGUACGCGAAGCAAAGCUAUGUGACUGUAUACAUGAGGUUGCGCAAGAAAUAUAGCAUUAUUGAUUAUUAAUUUAUUUAUUGAAUUAAUGAUAUAUUCAUUUCAUGUCUCACUUUCUGGAUUUUAAAGUGACUCGAGUAACUUCAAUUUUCAGAUCGAUGAAGCAGUUUACCACGAUCAGUUAGUGAUGUUAGAAAAACUUUACAACGCAUUCACCAAAGUUGAUCUGGCAGCGGGAAAUCAGGUAAGGGAUUGCUCUUGUCGUCUCUUUGCCGUCAGAAUAACCAAAUGUGUAAUAUUAUCCGUCAUUCAAGAUAUUUCUCCAUCUCUUAUUGGCUUUAAUCUUUUGGCCAAUUCUACGUAACCAGCUGGCGCUGACCAAAUUUGGAAUUGGUUUGCUAUUUUUUACGUCGGUCACAGACGUCAGUGAGGGAUACUAUCAAAUUGUAGACAAUUGCUAUCUUGCAAUAACGACAACCUUAUUCCGAGGGUUCCCUCAGAAAGUCAAAGAGAGAGGCAGAUAAGUCUCAGAUAACACCUCCUCGGUCUAUAUAAUUGUUCAUAUCAUACCCAGCCUCAUCCAACUGACUGAAUCGAAAACGCGGAAAUCUGAUUUUCUAAGGCUUUAAUAUUUUGACAGUUAUAACUAUAAGGAUUAUUUUCAAAUAGUACCUUUAUUUGUUUUUCCAGGGGUCGUUGUCAAGAGCGGACUUUGAACAGUGCUUACGUUCAUUCUUCCCGCUAAAGGAUGACGAAUCGAUAGAAGUUUUAAUGAAAGCCUGUGAACAAGAGUCACCUGGAGAAAAUGUUCAAUACAAAAACCUGUUUACUGAGGUGAGAAGAUCAAGAAAUGUCGAUUUGGUUAACGAGACCUCUAGUCGAAGAGUUUCACGAAUAAUCCUUAACAUGUUUUUUUUUUGUUUUUUGGAAACGUUCUUUAAGUAAUAUAUCAAACAUGAGAUGCAGUGUUUCAUCACCAGAUGAAACACCGAGAAGAGAGUUGAAAAUACGACGCGCAGCGGAGUAUUUUUGACGAACUUCGAGGUGUUUCAUCUGGUGAUGAAACACUGUGUCGAAUGUUUGAUAUUUCUUCUCAAACAAAAUCAUUUUUGAAGGAGAAAUUAAGGAUGCAAAUACUAAGCAGUGUUUCAUCCGAUUUCCAAACACUCAUUAAACAUUAAUUUCCUUUGUAUUUUCUUAAUGAAUUAUUAAUGAGUUUGAGAAGUCCACUUGAAGAAGUCUCAAAAAAUCUCAAAGUCUCAAAAGAUCGGAAAUCUCAUUCUGUGAACGUUUUUAAGACCUGCUACAGGGCCUUCUUCUAAAUAAUUAUUACACAACAGAAACCAGUCUACAGCCCCUCUCUUUAAGGGUUUUGCUGUAAAACAGACACUUGGGCUUGAUCUUUGCCAUUCUCCAGCCCUUUUCCUUUAACUCUUUAUCAGAUGGACAGUUUUCUAAGUCGGACACUUUGUAUUAAUUCCAACGGUGUCCGUCGCGAAAAGAGUUGUCUUUACCAUCAAUUUACCUUUUGUUUGUAACAAGGAUGAAGAAGGACGAUCUGGACCAUUUGUGGACAGGAUACGAGAGCAAGAAAAGUUAGAGAAGACCAUGUAUGUAAAGGAGAUCGAAAAUGCCCUGACAGGCAACAGGUAAGAUAAGCUUAAAGGUUCUUGUUUUGUUGAUAAAAUAUAUCAACAUUUUCAUUCUACUUUUACGGACACUUUUUCCCUGUCCUCGUGUUGUUUUGGUAAUCAAAUUUUUUUGUGUGGGGCAGUUUUAUACGAAAACAGCUUUUGACGGUGAUGGGGACUAGGAAAAUGUGUUUAUUGUGUCGAGAACACUAAAUUUAAAAGCGGAUGAAGCAAGUACGUCAACAUUUAUGUUUCUAUGGUUCUAGAGUUCGUAUUCGUUUAUACAAUUACUUGAAGAAAGACGUCGAGGCUGUAACACAAUGGGAGAAUCUACAGUGGAAAAGUAAAAUAAUACCCGAAGGUUAAUCCCACCCUUAUUUAUUCUUAGUGAAGUGUCUGUAGAGAUGGUGCGUCAGGCCAUACAGUCAGUGGAUCCUGAAGCUCCGGCCGAGGUUAUUGAUAAAUAUCUGGGGCGAGCGUUCCAUACCGCGGCUGAUCAACUAGAGUCUGGGACCAAGAUUGAAACUACGCUUUUGAUAAAGAGGCUGCAGAGUGGAAGUGUGAAGAGACUGGGACCAAAACCAAAGUAACUCGAUGCUGAUUGGUUGAUUUUCAAUAGGACUUAUAAAUAACUUUCUCAUUUCUUUUACUUUAUUUUUUCAAAAAAAAUGGCUUAUUUUAUUUAUGUGGAAAAUAAUGUUUUAUCGAAAAUCGGUAUGUUAUUCUAUAACCUCAUCAAACAGUAGUAUGAAAAUGAAUGUAAGGUUGCGGGAUUUCAGUGAUAACGAACAAAACAAAACCAUUUUUUUAAGCGGGAGAGCCCAUCUCGUCACCAGAGCCUCCGGUUGCUGUGAAGUCGGGAACGUAAAGGGAGCUUGGUAUAAACUAAAGUUUUUGUGCCCGGUUCUCGGUGUUAAUGCGUCCAUACCUUCUCCACCUGUCGCUCUUUCGAAACAAUCUUUCAGCUUUCUAAUAUCAAAGAUCGCGUACGUAUCAUCA